AGGUCUCUGAGAAAUUAAAUAAUGUAUAAUCUUUAUUCUAUUCUGUGCUUCUGUGGUUAAAAUGGUUAAAUGCUAAAUCCAUAGUCCAUGUAAUAAAUAAUGAUCCUGCAUUGAUAAUCGAAUAUUGUUUAAGACUUUUAUAAUAAAUUUAAUACACAAAUUGUAAUUAACUAAUUAAGUAAUAAAGUUAUCAUUUUUUUUUUUUAAUCCUAAAUACAAAAUUGUAAACUUUCCAUCAUGAUUCAUAGUUUAUUUAUUAUAAAUUCCGCUUGCGAUGUUUUUAUAGAAAAACACUGGAAGAGUAUUAUUUCACGAUCAGUUUGUGAUUACUUUUUUGAUCAGCAUCGAAAAGCUAUCAAUCCAGAAGACAUUCCCCCAGUUAUAGCUACACCACAUCAUUAUUUGAUUAGUAUUUAUCGAUGUGGUCUGUAUUUUGUAGCUGUUUGUAUGACAGAAGUUCCACCAUUAUUUGUAAUAGAAUUCUUACAUAGAGUAGUUGAUACAUUUGAAGAUUACUUUUCAGAAUGUUCUGAAAAUGUUGUUAAAGAUAAUUAUGUUGUUGUUUAUGAACUUUUGGAUGAAAUGUUGGACAAUGGCUUUCCAUUAGCUACCGAAUCAAAUAUUCUAAAAGAGCUUAUUAAACCUCCUAAUAUUCUUCGAACAAUUGCCAAUUCUGUCACGGGAAAAUCGAAUGUAAGUGCAACAUUACCCAGUGGUCAAUUGUCCAAUGUUCCAUGGAGGAGAUCAGGUGUAAAAUAUACCAAUAAUGAAGCUUACUUUGAUGUAAUAGAAGAAGUAGAUGCUAUUAUUGAUAAAGGCGGAUCCACUGUAUUUGCUGAAAUUCAAGGAUAUAUUGAUUGCAGCAUAAAACUUACUGGGAUGCCUGAUCUCUCAUUAUCAUUCAUGAACCCUCGUCUUUUUGAUGACGUGAGUUUCCAUCCUUGUGUUAGGUUCAAAAGAUGGGAGUCUGAAAGAAUUUUAUCAUUUAUACCUCCGGAUGGUAAUUUCCGGUUAAUGUCAUAUCAUAUUGGGUCACAAGGAAUAGUUGCUAUUCCAAUUUAUAUACGACAUAUGCUUGCAUUAAAGGAAACAACUACUGGUAGUGGUCGCCUCGAUAUAACUGUUGGGCCAAAACAAACACUUGGGAGAACAAUCGAAAAUGUCGUUAUAGAGGUACCACUGCCUAAAAGUGUGUUAAACUGUACACUUAUUCCUAACCAGGGUAAACAUUCAUUUGAUCCUGUUACUAAAGUUUUGACUUGGGAAGUUGGGCGAAUAGAAACUACUAAACUUCCAAAUAUUAAAGGAACUAUUAGUCUGCCUGUAAGCACAGUUGUUACGGAUUCAAACCCUGUUAUUAAUGUGAAAUUUACUAUCAAUCAAUUAGCAUUAUCUGGAUUAAAGGUUAAUCGUCUUGAUAUGUAUGGUGAAAAAUAUAAACCAUUUAAAGGUGUUAAAUACAUUACAAAAGCUGGAAAAUUUCAAGUGAGGAUGUAAUAUUUACAUUAAUUUAACAAAAUAUAAUUUAUGUAUAAAAUAGAAAUUAUUAUAUAAACAUUUUAUUUUAUUAUUAUUUUGUCAUUCUAAUCUGUAUGAUAUUAAAUAUUAAUACUACAAAAUAUACAAUUAAAUUUUAAUAAAUCUUAGUUAUAUUAUUAA